AUGGUUCAAGAUAUUAGACAUAAGGCCUUGUUGAUUGUUCAAGAAAAUGAUACAUCUAAGAAUAUCUCAAUCAUCAUCGACAUAGUCCAUCGUAUUCCUCAAACAAUUGCAAAUCUUUAUCAAGAUCAUGAUCACGAGGAAGCUAAUGAGGAUGAGCUAGGGUUAAUAGAGGAACAAGUUGCGAUGAAUUUGAUGACCUUGGAAGAAACGCGUGUGUUUGUGCCUGUAAUUCCAACAUCAAAGGAUGCUAUUGAAGCGCUUGAGAAGGUGAAAGUAGAGACAUUGAAUGUUGACAAGAGUUUUGGUGAAACUUGUAUGAUAUGUCUUGGCAAGUUGCUUACAAAGGACAUUGUUGAACUAACUCGUAUGCCUUGCAAGCAUAUGUUUCAUGGAGAUUGCAUUAUUCAAUGGCUUGAAAAAAAUCAUGUUUGUCCCUUAUGUCGCUUUAGAAUGCCAAUUGAUAAAGAAAAUUAA